UAGAAACAAUGCAACUACACGAUUUCAGGACAGGCUUCGGAGCUGCUGUUUCUGAGAGAGCACAGCAUUUCUUUCCUUUAAUUGCCCCUCAUUGUCUCGUUCCCUCCACGCUCACUCCGGUGCCAAGGAAAAUGAUUGAACAUGAAAAGGUAGUAUUGACGAAACUCUCAAGAUCAAUGUAACGAAGCAUCGUGUGUAUUCGUGUUCUCGACGAAUGAAAGGCUCUCUGUGCUUGACGAUAUGUUCGGGCUGCCUUAUCAGUGAGGCAAUGCCCUGCAGAUCACUUGAACAUCCCCGUCUCUGGCAGGAUUUCGCCGAAAGCUUCUGCCAUCAUAAUCGACGCAAGCUGAUCGAAAUAACUUGUACUAUUGGACAUGGAGAGAAACGGGCUCUGGGCUGGUGUGUCUCGACGGCGGUUGCUUAUCUCAACUCCAUCCUCGAAGCUUCAAUCGUGACUCAGUGCCUUCUUCAAGUGAAAGUGGGAUACUUGUGUCUUGUACUUCUUGGCACGGGCAAGUACUCAUGGCUCGCUGCGGGGAAGCAUACCCUGUGUCGAUACCUGAAGAAGCUGCGAGUCUUCAUAAGAUGUCUCAAAGUUGCUGUCGAGUGUGCAGUCGACAGCGUUAUGCUAUGCAGAUAAAAGUAUGAUUCAAUACUUAAGGAAUGAGAGAGGGAGUGGGAUAUCAGUGG